AACCGGAAGGAAGUGUCAUCCCGUUUAGCCGGGGAGGCUUCCCCCCCCCCACUUUCCCGGAAAGGAGGGGAGGGGGAGCGGCUGGGUGUCCGCAGUUCGGCACGCCCGAUGGCCUCGCCGAGCCCGGGAGCAGCGCCGGGUCUUUCUGCCGCCGAGCCCGAGGAGGAGCCGACUCCGCCGCGGGGCUCCGGGGAGGCGGAGGGCUUCCCCCGCUGGGGCUGCCGAGCGUCGGCGGGGCACCAACCGGUCUUCUGCAGCCGCUUGCAGCAGCCGCUGCUUUGCCCCGGCUGGCUGAAGCCCGAGCGGAGCGGCCAAGCCGGGCUGGCGGACCGGGGGAUCCUGGAGCGGCUCCUGGCCGCGCUGCCCCCGGAGAUGGCGGGCUGGCUGCGGGGGUGCCGGGCGGAGAGCGGCGCCCAGGCGGGGACCCCGGCCGAGGGAUUCCUGCUCGGCCGGGCCCGGGAAGAGCGGAGGCGGCGGCAGAUUCAGGAGCCUUUGAAGCAGGCGGUCUUGGUAACUCCUGAAGGAAGAGAAACUUUUUCUAGUCCAUCUAUGGGGCAGCUGUUGAGAAUUUCUGAGAAGGAUCAAGAUCCUCUUUGUGGUGGAGCAGCAACGACUCAGGAUUCGGUGUCGUUUGAGGAGGUGGCUGUGUAUUUCACGGAGGACGAGUGGGCACUGCUAGAACCCAGCCAGAAAGCCUUAUAUGGAGAUGUUAUGCUGGAAAAUUCUAUGACUGUGGCCACUCUGGCUUACGGACAAGAGCAUGAGAACUACAAGGAGCAAAUGAUCAAGUCUGAAGAAGGCACGCUUAUAGAUCAAGAACCAUCACAAGGAAUUAAGAAAAGCCGUCAAGCGAGUGGAGGGAAGGAAUCUCCCGGAUACAAUGAAGUCCUUUAUCUCCCAAACCAGGAAGUUCACCCUCAAGAAGAAGAGGGGAAAUAUCUCAUAUGGGGCACAGGAGAAAAAGAGAACUCCAAUUUUACUAAAUAUUCUGCAACCGAGACUGAAGAGAAACAAUACGAAUAUCAAGAGGAUGGGCAAAGUAUCAGCUCUACCCCCUACCUUGCUUUACCUUGCCCAUCGUACACCCAAGAGACACCCGAUGCAUUUAUAAAUUGUGGGGGAAAUUUCAGUUUCAGCAGGCAUAUAAUUUCCCAUCCAGAGGGGAAACCAUCUGAGCGUCGAAUGGAUUUCAGUAAGAAACAGCUACUUAUUAUACCUCCAAAAAUUCCCCCACAGGAGAAACCCUAUAAAUGCCUUCGGUGUGAAAAGGUAUUCACUCAGAGAGGUAAUCUCAUCAUACAUGAACGGACCCACACAGGGGAGAAGCCAUAUAUAUGCCUGAUGUGUGGACGAGGAUUCAGUCAGAGUGGUCACCUUACAAGACAUCAGCGAUCCCACACGGGGGAGAAACCGUAUACCUGCCUGCAGUGUGGAAGGCAGUUCAGUGGGCGUUCAAACCUUGUGAAGCACGUAAGAAGCCACACUGAGGAGAAACCGUAUAUGUGUAUGGAGUGUGGAAAGAGUUUCCGUGACAACUGCGUCCUUAUUUGCCACAAGAGGAUCCACACAGGAGAAAAACCAUUCAAAUGUCUAGAAUGUGGGAAGAACUUCAGGCGAAAUUGUCACCUUGUGGAACAUAAAAGAAUCCAUACAGGAGAGAAACCCUACCGGUGUUUGGAGUGCGGGAAGAACUUCAGUCAGAAAAGCAACCUUUUGCAACAUAAACGGAUUCACACGGGGGAGAAGCCAUACACAUGCCUGGAAUGUGGGAAGAGUUUCAAUCAGAGCAGUCAAUUUGUUUGCCACAAAAGGAUCCAUACGGGGGAAAAGCCCUACCAGUGCAUGGAGUGUGGAAAAAGGUUCGGUCACAAUGGUAGCCUUUUGCAGCAUAAAAAAAUUCACACGGGAGAAAAUCCCUAUAACUGCACCGAGUGUGGGAAAUGCUUCAAUCAGAACUAUAAGCUUUUGCAACAUAAACGGAUUCACACGGGGGAGAAACCAUACGUGUGCAAGGACUGUGGGAAGAAUUUCAGUUGCAGCAGCGAUUUUAUUUGCCAUAAAAGGAUUCAUACAGGAGAGAAACCAUAUAAAUGUUCCGAGUGCGGAAAGGGUUUUAAUAAAAGCAGUCGACUUACAUCUCAUAGAAGAAAACACACAGGAGAGAAACCAUAUCAAUGCAUGGAGUGUGGAAAGAGGUUUUCCUAUAAGGAUGGCCUUACAAGACAUCAACGAACCCAUACUGGGGAGAAACCAUAUAUAUGCUUGAUAUGUGGAAAGAAAUUCAGUGGGCAUUCGGGUCUUAGAGCCCAUGUCAGAAUCCACACGGGGGAGAAACCCUACAGGUGCCUGGAAUGUGGAAAGAGCUUCUGUAAAUACAGUAAUUUCAUUUGCCAUAAAAGGAUCCACACAGGAGAAAAACCCUACAAAUGCCAGGAGUGUGGAAAAGGCUUCACUCAGAAUGCGAACCUUAUGAAACACAGAAGAAUUCACACGGGAGAGAAGCCGUACAAAUGCACAGACUGUGGGAAAAGCUUCAACCAGACAAAUCACCUUUCACAACAUGAAAGAAUCCACACCAGAGAAAAAUCAUAAGUUGGAAGCUUUCCGCUCAAGUCUUCUCUUUUGAAAAAAAAGGACCCUCAUGGGAAAAUUAGAAAUUUGUGUACUGCAGAGUAGUGUUCAGUUGGAUGAGUAACAUUAUCAGACCUAAAGGAAUCCACAUGGGAGAACAAUAAAACGCCCCGUGUGAGAAAAUAUUCAAAUGGCCCUUGGAAUUUAUGCCCUUAUUUUCCCAGAUCUUAACUUGGGAGAAAUACCUCAAACUCUGAAUACCAGGACUGACGCCAAACCCACAAAAUGUGUGUCUGCAUGAGCUGCAUGGAUUAAAAAUGUUAUGGUAGUGAGAGGCUGACCAUUACACAAAUACCUCAAUGGACUCCAACCUUAAUAAAGGCAAAUACCCAUUU